AUGUCUAUUUAUCAAAAGAGGUCAGCUAAAUUUAUUCUAAUGAAAACAAAGGAUGUAUUAAGAUGGUCUUCUGUCGGCAGUGGAGCCACUCCGUCAUCCACAAUCACCAGAAGCACACCCACCGCCACGAACGUUCUAUCGAGUGGAGUCGAGCCAUCGACAGUCGGCACCAGGUCAGUUAUCUUUUUCUUCUUCUUCUUCUUCUCCUUCUUCUUCUUAUUUUGAUCGUUUCCGAUUGCAGCUGGAACUCGGUGCGAUGGAACAAGCCUUCGACGUCCUACCGAGCCAGCGUCGCCUCCCGAUUCCAGAACAACUCGACGGCGGGCAAUUCGAGCAGCAGUUACACUCCGCAGAGGUCGUCGAGGUGCGGUCCCUUGUCUCACAUGUUGUCCGUCCCACCCUCACAUUCUGCCUAUUCAUAAUGUUUUGAUAGUCGCCUUCGAAAUAAAAAUCGGCUGCGAAAGCUGCUCUGCGGCGGCGGCGGUGCCAUCACCACCAGAACCACCACCGCCGUCCCCGGUGUAACAUUCUGCCGGUUCGGGCCAAGAACCACAUGGUCCCGAAACGUGGCGGACGGAAAGAUUCAGUAUUCUGGAGAGACGCAGAAUCCAGAAGAAACGAGAGCCAAUUCGUGUUUUUGUCAGCGAAAAUCAUUUUCCGUCCUUUCGAAGUGCUCCGCGUACAUUUCCUGCCUGGAGGUGUUCCACACAAACAUUUCCCAUUUUCAGAUUCUCGAGUGUGGCCGCGAAGAAUGCUGCCGACGUUGCCAGGUGUGUUCCGAACUGUUACCACUAGAAGGUACGUCUUUUUUUCAGCAUUGGACCGUCGGUAAGUGUUCGGGCAUCACGAUUCGAUUCGUCGAAUAUGGCAAACAAGGAAAAGUACAGAAGCGAAGUGAGUCGAUUGGGAAAAAAAGAAAAUAAAAAGUGAUGUUUGUCGUUUAGGCACGAGAACUUAUCAACAAGUGGUCUAGUCGCGAACGGAACACUAACAGUAAGUGGGAAUCUGAUCGAUGAGCAAAAGGAAAAAGCGUUGAGCUUUUUAGAGCUGUAAAAUAGAUAGAAUAGAUGUUUUUCGGGAGUCUGCAGGUGUGAAAUAUGCACACGUUACACCGGAAUGGCUCCAUCUUUCAUGACUCUUACGCUGUUUGUGAUGGGAUCAGAUCAACUUUACAAUCGGCUCUUCGAGCAUGAAAGCCCUCAAUUAUCUUGCGGGACUCCUGUCUACCUCUCCAUUUCAGUCGCCAACACAUAUCGAUCUCCAGCCACCCGGACAACUUUCCGAUCUUCCGAUUCCUUGGCCACUCCAGGAGCUGUCGGCUCUUCGAGUUCUGCUUAUUCCAACACGGCAUAUCGAACAUCCACAUCCCUGACGCCCACUCGCCCAGUCAUCACUCCGUCUUCCAUCACAUCUCGGUACUCGGCAGAUCGGAAGAGCGUCCUCUCCCCGUCUCCGACUCCCAUUCUACAGUAAUUCUUCCCGUGUCCCUUUCCUACCCAAUCUUGACUUUUCCAGCACGACGCCAAAAGCGGAGCGUCCGUGGCGACAGCGAAUGGCCGAAUCGUCGCGCAUCCGAUCGACUCUCGGCGACGACGUGAGUGAGGCGUACACGGCUCGCCGAGCCCGGCACGCUUCGUCGCGUCGCAGCUCGCUUUCGCAGGACGAGCUCUCCUCUUACGAGUCGACUCGUGUGCCUAGUUAUAGUGCAUUAGUUCAGCAGCCCCACUCGGUUAGUGUGCCCUUAUUAGUUCCGUCGAGUAACACGUCUUCGCUUUUCAAAUGAAACUUCCCUUAGUUGCACUCCUACUCGUGUUCAGCUACCACCAACUAACGUCUAACUAAUGAGUUUCGGUAAAAAUUUCAACCUUUUAACUUGCAGUAUCGAUCCAGACAGAGUUCGGUGGAAAGUUCAGUGUUUACUCCUUCCACGAGAUUCACAACUUCGUCUUAUGUACCGUAUUCUCUUCGAAACCGAACGGAAGAUCCGACGCCGACGACGACGACGACAACGCGAAACAGCGUGCUUGAUAGAAGCACGUCUAGGUCGGGCAUUCUCAUCUUUACGGCAAUAAUGUCAAUGACUAUUAAGAUCGAAAUCUCCAACAAGGGACAAUUUGCCAACACGAACCUCAUCACAGGCUCUCAAAAAUCCUUCGAUUCGAGAAUCGAGCAAGAAAAGAGACGCGGAAAAGCAGAGAAAACGAAGUGUGAAAGAAAGAAGUAAGUGAAUGGGGCCAUUAGAGAAUUCAAACGAAGCACGCUUCCAGCAGCACGUCGGACUUCUCGACAGAACAGUCAGCAGGACAGCUCAUCGGACGAGGAGAUCAACCGAUUAAUGAGAAGUCGUUCGGGAUCGCAAGUGAGGAGAAAACCGAGGAAGAAGAGUCAGGUGGAGACGGAGAAACUGGUGGUUGUGCAGCAGAAAGAGACUGUAAUGGUGGGGGAUCCGGACGGUCCGAAUGCAAUAGAAGAAAAGGCACGUUUCAGAACAAGUCGAUGCAGUCGUCGAUGUACGAGACGGGUCAGGAGGACGGCGCCCUUAUCCAGUCUCUCUCUUCGCAGAUAACAGAGUCCCUUACUGCGUUGGCAGUGGCUGCCGAGAGCGAAGGAUUCCAAUCGUGCGCGGCGUCUCCGCUUGCUCCGUCCGUCUCGAGGAGCAGUUCGAAGAAUGGGGUGGUCAAGAAUCAGAUUAUCAGUGAGUACGCACUUCUUUUCUCUCUUCAUCUCUAUUCCUUUCAGAGUCACCAUCCCUGGUGGAAGUUCUGGGAUUGCCACGUAGUGACUCAAAAACUAGUCUCAAGGUAAGUUUUCAUUUCCGUUUUCCCUCUUUUUCCUUUCGAACUCACAUAGCUAGUAGUAGUGGUUUGGUUCAGUUGAACGAUCAAGUCGAGGAAGAGUCGCACAAUGAACAACUAACCAACGACGUAGACGACUUCGAGGUAGUUCCCUUCUCUUCUUUCCGCGUGAUUCUUCCGUCUUCCCUGUGUUCUUCUCCUCACGUUCUCCCUUCAUUUCUAAUCCUUUCCUUUUCCCAGCCAUCUGAAUCUUCCCGCAUUGACGAUGAGUCCCAGUACAGUGCCGUCGCUCAUUUCAAACCUAAUAAGGUAUUCCGAACCGUCCGUUCUCUUUUUUACACACCUUGAAAUAUUUAAUUAAUCCGUUGCAGGUGAAGAGACUUGCUCCAGUACCCGGAUUGUGGAAGUCGGGAGCCGAGAACGAAGAGUUCAUUUCAAGAAACAAACGAUUCGCAAAGUCGGUAUCCACUAGUGUAGAAAGUUGCAUGCGUUUGUGAGUACCCCGUACCACUCCGAAUCGGCCUUGAUCGCAAACAUUUUCAAGCCAAUUCGGAACCAGUUAGCAUCAGAAAGUGGCCCUAGUUUCCGACUUUUCCACUUCUUCAGUUAACACUUUGUUACUCUCAUUCUAUCCGAUUCCCUCUCUCCCUCAAGUUCGUUCUGUUCCCUCUCAUUUUGAUGAAUUUCCAGAGAAAGUCAACACGGGGAGGUUGAUAUCGUGAUGAAGGAAACAAGAGCGGAACAAGUGACGAAGCAACUGAAGGCGUCAGAGAAGAAGAAGCCGGUGGUGCUGAAAACGAAAGUGGAGCCAAAGUGCGAACCAGUGAAACAAGCAGACAAAAAGAAGGAAAUCACUUCUCCGACGACGAAAACGGCAGCUAAUCAGAAGGAGCCGUUGGCCGUGAAACCAUCCGUUCAGAAGAAGGAUGCCAUUGCGACUACUCCAGUUCAAGCUAAACCAGCUCCUUCGGCCCCCGCAAUUGCGCUAUCUUCUAAAGUUCCAGUUGAGAAACCAAAAGAGGCAGUCAAACCAAAACCAGUAACUGUGAACGAAAAAGAGAAAGCGAGUGCUCCGACUGCUGCUCAGACCACCCCAUUGUCACCGAAAAUAGCAGCAGCUUCGAAGGUCGUUCCUGAAAAGGUUGCGAAACCAGUUGCGAGGGUGGUACCGGAGAAAGUGAAGGUUACUCCGGAAGAAACACCGAAGACGCAGACUGAGAAACCGAACGAAAUUCUGGUUCCGGUGGUUGAAACGCCGAAAGAGACGGCUCUAAAACCCGGUGUGGAGAAGAAGAGAGUGGUGAGUUCCUGUGAAUUUAGUAGUUUACAAUUUGGAAUGUUCAGUUGCUGAAAAAGAAGAGGAUUGUUCCGAUCGAUGAUGAGAAGAAAGGGGAAGCUCCAAAGCCGAAAGCUCUGAGUGAACAGAGCACGGAGAUAUCGAAGGUGUUCUCGAGAAAGGCAUGGGGAGCUCAGAAGACUGAGAAAGUUAUAAAAAUGAGGAAUGAGCUGAAAGGAAGUCUCCGGUGUAAAGCAGCGGGAAAUGAGAAGGUGGAGCUGACGGAUAGCUACAGGAGAAGAGCACAAGCUGAAAGAGCAACUGUAAGCGAGAAAAAGAAGAUCGGAAGACGUUGGAAACAUUGUGUUCAGGUUCUGGUGGACACCCCGGUCAUCGAUGUCAACCACAGUUCGGUUCAGUUGUCAUUGCGGGAGAAACGAAAGAGAGUGUGAGUUCUCAUGGAUCACAAUGAUCGGGGAUCUCCUUUCCGUUUUUUGUUCACACCCUCGCAAUUCAUGACUCUUUUCUGCGAAGUGUAAAGUCGUUCUUAUAGGUUUUAUGCUUCCGUGUGUUCUCUUCCUUUCUCUUUCCUCUGAAACUUCUUCUGCCUGACCCCACCCAACCGGCCCAAUCUUUCCUUUGCAUUACCUUUUCGUAUUCUCUCUUUUCAGUGAGAAACCUGUUGAAGUGGCCGCGCCACAGCCACCGGCGCCUCCCUCCAUAGCCGCCGAAUCGGAAAUGUCUCGUUCGGUGUCGGUGGCUUCGCGUGCUUCCGAUACCCGAGCAUCGAUCAUACUUGAUGAGAUGCGCGGCACGGAGGCGGCCGUGGAAUGGACUCGCGAUUUGGACGAUGAUGUGGAAUUCGAUCACUACGACGGCAUCCUCGUGCUUCCGGACAAGUCGAUCCUCGAGCAGUACAUCUCACGCAAACGAGGGAAACUCGAUCGCUACCGGGGACUCAGACCUUCUUCGAUGUGUUCGUAUGAGUCGAGCAGCUGUGCUUCGCCCUGUCCUUCUACCGUCUCCGAACUGUGUCUUCCUUCAUCAGGUAAACAAAACAUCCAAGUGCUUUUCCUCAAACAUUCCCAUCAGUUCUCGUCCACGAACCGCGACGAAGAGCUCUGAAUAGUGCCGAACCGGCGGAUCACUCAACGACUCCAGUGCCGUUGAACUCAACGCCACGUGGAUUUUCAACCAAGAAGGCGGUUGCUCCCGUUGUCAAACCGGUGCCGUUCGAAGCUCCUAAGACGCUGUUCGAGAAAAUGAUCCAAGAUCAAGCGAAUCGGAAUCGAACGGCCACAAACAUCGGAUCGGAAGUAAGUGAUUUGAGAGUGUGAGAGAGGAUGUUUCCGAGUAGAAAAGAAGAGAAAAAGAUGUAAUGAAUCGGAAUAGUACGAGACGGCGAACAUGGGAGAGCGGGAGGCUGCAGAGAGAGAGAGAGAGAGCGAUUCCUCUGCUGCUGAUGAUGAAGAUGAUGAUGAUAUCGGUGUGGUGAGCAGGAGCGGCGUAUCAGUGCGGAGAGCCCGGAGACGAGUGUAACGUAUCAAUCACCGCACUUCGGGGCUUCGGGCGAGCAGCAUUGAGCCAGCAACAAGCAGGCUCAUACACACUCUCUCGAAUAGCCGACAAGUACGUGUGCUCUCCGAUUCAUUUGCCGUCUAAUCGAAUCUCCUUGUACUGAAACCACCGUAUUCCACGUAUUCAUGCAUGGCUAGAGAUUAUAACAUUGUCCUGCGGGUGAGUGAGAGAUCACGUGGAAUGGAGAGACGUAGAGAGUAAGUGGGAGUCGGAUGGCCGGGGCCCGUCCUUUGAUUCCCGGAAGAGUCCGACAAAUUGUCGACUGGCCGUCACUCGAAUUUCAGCGGCGAAGCACACGAAAAUGCAAAGGUGCGGCCGCAAAUUUACGAAAAACGUUUUUCUUGAUUACCAGAUGUGCAUUGAGAAGAAGAAGCAUGAAAAUAUGAAAAUGUCCGUGAGACGACGCUAGUAAUAUUGACUUGCGAUCAAGCAGCUGAUCCUUCCCGUUUUCAUUCUGCGUGUAAACAAGACGCGAGUAGUGUACGUUUCAAGAGUCUCGCUUUUCGGUUUCCCCCACAGUUUCCCUACAGUUCCCCACGUUUUAGUUGUGCUCAGUGGACAUUCACGUGCGUCCCAUGCUCCGAACAGUUGCCAGUAGACUGCACAAUCCCUCCAAUCAUUGGGGUUCAUCAUUAUUCUUUCGGAAUGGGAUUAUAAUUCGCAGGCGCUGAGAUGAUCAUCCAUCCGUUUACGAAUGCAAAUCGACCGUUCCCCCUUUCCGUACUUUCUUUCUCCUUCCCCUCAGAUUAAUGGUGCAUGUGAUGAGACCUGCGGCCAUGCGAGCCUCCUCAUCAUCCGCAUCAUCACCGUCUCGUCGUUUUCCAUGUGAUGAUUGUUUUUCUAAAGUAUUUUCUGCUUCUUCAUCAGCUUGUGGCGCGUCUCCAUGCCGCUCGGGAAGGCGGCGAACAAACAGUCGAAGAGCGAGAGAGUGCGAGACUCAGAGCAACUUACCGGACAGACAAAAAGUUGCCAGUCCUCUAAACGAUUCUCAUUUGCAGACACGCGAUCAGUCGCCGCGACGUGGGUCACAGGAGGAAGGUUGGUUUCGCAUUACGGUAGCUGGAUUACGGUAGACUCUUGCAGGCAUGUCAGCCAUCUCGCAGCAGUUCACGGCGGCCGCGGCGGCUGGAAAUUCUGCUCACGGCUCCGUCCGUUAUGCUGCUCACAUUCCCGUUCGGAAUGGAGGUGAAGCGAGUGGAAGAAUGAGUACGGGCAGUGUGGACAGUCAGCAGAGGUACGUGGAACCGAGGAUCUUGCAUGAAGAUACAGUAUAUUUAGCGGCGGAACCCUCGACGUGGCAUCCAAGAACAUCGAGCAGGUGAUUGACCAGGCACGCCAUCGCCAUCAUCAACACCGAAGCAAGUUCAAAGAGGCAAUCGACUACUUGGACCAGAUCUUCGAGGAUUUGAAGAAGGAGUGUGAUGUGAGUGAAAAGAACGAACAGGCACUGGUGCACUAGACUCGUGCACGACACAAGGUCCGAGGUGUCAUGGGGAGGGUGCACUUCGCAACCAAACUUUGGUGUCAAAGAUCAUUUCGAAAGAGGUAUUCGGAAGAACAUCCUUUCCGAAUGCCUCGUUCAUCGCGAUGACUCAUUUCUCUUCCGGGUGGCAAGUUCAUGUUUUUUUCCAGCCGGACGAUAAAAAUAACAACGACGAGAACAACAAGCCAUCGAGCGAGCAGCGGCAGAGCCUGCCGAACACCGCCGCUGCCUCAUACGUGGCCGUGAAAAAGAAGCCGACUGUCGUCGCGACGUCAUCAUCCUCGGCCGGAAGGAUCGCAUCUGCGACCGAUUCGAAGUAAGUCGUUCGUUCCGGGCGGCGGGUGCAAUAUCCCCGCGGUCUCAAGCCGUGCUGACUGCGGCUCCCCGUCCAGCACACUCUUUUGUCCCGUGAUACAUUACACACGACACAAGACCCGAGCAGGACACUGGUCGACCGAGCGACGCGCCGCCGUCCUUUCUCCAUCACUUUUUCGACUUCUUUACUAUUAUUACCAACGUACGUCAACUCUUUUUCCAGAAAAGCCGCUGCUAAACAGUCGACGGUGACCGUGAAGCCGACUGCGAUUCGUCAAAAGUCUUCGGAAACAGGAAACACGUCUUCGUUUGCCGCCGUUAAACCACCGAACAACAACGAUCCAAUUCAACAGGUGAUUUGAUUAGGAUUACUGUAGAGAGCACGAAGAAGUGCCUAGAGUCUUCUGUGAUCUCUCAUUCUGAGAAGUACGACGUUCUCAACGCAUAAACUUUAUCGUUGUACUUACAUCAUAAAGUUCCGUCGUCGACAUAAAAUCCAAGUGAAACAGCGGAUAAAGUGGAUGAUAAGUGCUCGGUUUGCAGGCACCGUCUCCCGUAGAAGUUAUAAUUCCAGUGAGGAAAGUCUCGCAAGGAGCCUAUCAGCAAGAGGUUUCAGCGCUUUCGAUUAUCCUCAUAUAAAGAGCGUUUGCUUUCAGCCGACUGUUACUGAAACCAUCGUUCUGGCCAAGAAAACAGAUAAAAUGGAUUUCACUCGAAGGUGGUUGCACGACGAUUUGCAGUCUCUCGCCUACCUGCCACCGGCCAACAUUGCUCCGAACGCCGUCAGUUCGAGUACUUUCUCACCUUUCCUACCGUAAUCUUUUCAGUCAUACUACCAAGAUCUGGACGAACAUUCCCUCGGAAGUUGCAGUGCAGAAGUGGCCGCAUUCAACACCGUCAAGGAGAAGAAGAACGGAAAGAGCUCGCGGAAAGUGUCCGAUUCGUCGGACAUGGUUCGUCCCCGCCCGUUCCGUCCUCAGCCCGUCUAUCCGAUGGUCGAUGGCUACAACGGUCCGUCGGCCUUCGAACCGUUCUCCGCCCACACUCUGCCACGUGUCGCCUCCAACGAUUACAUUCCUAGUGAAAUGAAGAGAUCGGGCUCCCAGGACCCGUACAACACGCUCCGUUCUAUGCGCUCCGAAGGCGACGGCUUCGACUCGUCGCGGCCGUCUCCGUCUGCGUUCCAGCAAGUCUCUCCGUUCAACAGGGGCGGCUCCAUGCGUUCGUCCCUCCGAUCGCUUCCCGAUCACUCCCCCGUCAGACAACGCCUCGGACAGCGGAACAAUUAUGAAGAGCCAAAAGAUCCGGUUCUCUCGAUUGACCAAUUGGUGGCCGAGCUGGAAUUGAACACCGAAAACGUAAGUUCAAACUUUCUUUAAGAAACGUAUAAAUAUCUUGUUUUCAGACUCUGUCCGCCGCCGACAAACGCCGCUCGUUCCCUACUUCGUUCGGAAGGCCAGUUCAUCACGCACAACAACACCACGUGCCCAGUGAUUACGAGAAGCCGAACAAAUUCAGAGCAGAAAUGAGGCAUGUGCCGACGAGAGGAAGAGCUCAGAAGUAGGCACAUGAAUGGGGGCUGAUAUCACUUCGUUGCUUUUCAGUUUCGCCUCAUCGGAACCAGUCGCCAAGCCUGCUGCCGUUGCCGUUUCGAAGGCUCCAGUUUACUCGCAGCCGACUGCUCACCGCCAGCAGAAGUCUUUGGACGAGGUGACGAACAUGCUGAAUCGGGCGGUCUCGCAGUUCGGAAACGAUCAGAGACAGGCCCAUCAGAACCCGUCCGUCUACAAACAACUGAGCCAGCAGUCGUUCGGAUCGGCGCACAGUGGCAACGCGUUCGAGACGAUCAACCAGGAGAAAAUCAAUCCAAGCCGUGUGGAGGCGAUGCACAACAUGUUCGAGAAGGGCACCGCCCCGACGUCUUGGAAGAUGCAGCAGCCGCAAAAGGAGUCAUUCGAGGAGCGGAAUCAGGUGACUGACUUAGACAAUUAGCCGUUCUGGUCUGCGGUGCGCCUCCCUUAGUGUCUAGAAGCUUGGCUUAGUUAGUCGGUGCAGUGUAACCAUUCUGCCAAGAUGACCAACCCGCACAGCUUCAAGUCGGACCCUCCCAAUGAUCACGCGGCCGCACUGACCUCAUUUUGAUGUCGCAAAGUGAGUGUUCAAUUCCUGAACUGUGUACAUCUGAGUAUCCGAUUGUAGCCGAAACGCUCAUCUAAUCCCGAACCGUCUCCAUUUACAGAAGAUGUCGCCGCUCCACGAAGCCACCUACGCUUCCCUCAACAGCUGUUCUCCGACGGUCCCUGCUCCGUCCACGAAUGGCAACGGAAUGGCUCGUAACUCUUCGCAGAAUCACGUCGCCUACCACGAGUACACUCCCCAACUUCCCACCACUCAGCCCCCGCAAAGACCGCCUGGUUCGGCCAACUCGUCGCAGGGAGGCUACUACUCAUCGAACAGUUCGGGUAUCGGAUCCGCUUAUCCAUCACAGCAACACCAACAACAUCAGCAAUAUAAUGUGAGCGGAUGAUGUUGAGCAAUUUCAGAUUUUGAAUUGAACUGUUCAGAAUCCACGACGCAGUCUGAUAAUCGACCAGCAGUCGAUCUCCUCCAGAAUGCCAUCGGUGGAGAAUGACGAUGACGACGGGUUCUACGAUAACAUCGGAAUUGUGAGCGACUGAAUCCUCCUCGUCCCAAAUGAGUCAGUCCUCAGUUUCAGUAUGACGAUCGUCGUUACUCGCGUGGCAGUGAACUGGAGAACUCCGCCUCGUUCCGCCAACUGCCUCCCGCUUCUUCUUCCUCCGGCCACAAGCACAACCGGAUCGGCUCUUUCCUUCGAAAGAUCGGAGGCGGAUCCAGCAGACCGCCCGGCAGCGCAGCCAGUCUCAUGUCUCUCAACAAGAUUGCCAACGAGACAGUCAUCAAGCCAGCGGGCCUGAUGAAGAGCAACAGUCUGAGCACGGAGCCGUGGAAGAAGCAGGUGUUGGAGGCGAGCAUGCCACGAGAAGGUGAGUGUCCGCUCUCAGAUCUCGACAAUAUUCUCUCGUUUUCCAGCAAAUAACAAUCACAAAACCGGUCUCGGAGCUCGACUCAAAAACUCAUUGUUCGGCUCCCGAAAACGAUUGGACGGUUAA